CUCAUCUUCCGCAUCUUCCACCAGCCAGUUAUGUCCCUCCGCUCCGCGAUUCUCAAGGCCGCCAUUCCGCUGGUCCCCGAGGCGGGCUUCAGCCGCGCGGCGCUGACCGCGGGACUAGCGUCGCUGCCGUCCUCCUCGUCCAAGGUGUCGGACGAAGCGGGCCGCGAGGCCGUCAUCGACACUCUCUUCGGCGGAAGCGCGGCGUCGGACGCACCGCGUGCCCUGGUGCAGGCGUGGGAGGAUGCAGGACGCGCCGUGAUGCACGGCGCCGGGAAGGGCGACGCAUUGGAGCGUCUCCACACCGUUCUGGGCCGGCGGCUAGAAUGGAGUGCCAGUGUCGGCGAGCACCUUCUCGACGCUCACGCUCUUCUUGUCGCGCCCACCACAUCAGCACCUCUCCCACGACCCCUCCUCGCGCUCCUCGAUCGCCUUCCUUCCCCUCCCUUUCCCCUCAACCGGGUGACCGACCCCCUUCCGAACAAGCCGACCCUCGGCGCGACAGGUGGACGUCUCCCCCUCCCGGGGCUGCAUGCCGCUGCGCCGCUCGCUUACGCUUGGCGGGUGGCGGACGAGGCUGUGUAUGCUGCGCAGCCAGACAAGGGGAGACAGGGGGUCAUGCGCGAGCCUGCGGGCGCAGGCGUAGAAUGGUACAGCCAUCGGGCAGGGCUGGCGCUUGCGUAUCUUGAAGCUGAGGCGCAUCUUCUCCAGCCCAUCGACACGGCUACGAAGCCUCCGACACCCGGGCACAACCCGCACCUCUCGGCCGCACUUGUGUCUCUCCGUGACAGCCUGAGCAAGUACGCGACGGCUCGCCGAGGCUUGGGAACGGCGGAGAGUGCGACAGAGAGCGCCAUCUCAUUCCUCGAACUAAUGACGAGGAGUAUUGCUGGUAUCGUGCGCAGCCGGGGAUUUUAGAGAGAACAUGCAGUUCAUCGUGGUGUCGUGCAGUGCCAAAGGUGGAAAGGCGAGCUACGAGCUACGGGGCUAGUAAGGCAGGCUGGAGUGCUAGGGGGGAUGUCCCAUCACAUGUCCAAGCUGAUCGGGGCGAGCCAUGGGGCU